UGGCAGCUGCUAUUAGAUUCGAGUAUUUUAGCAUUUGUUUUCUUUAAUUUUUCAACACAGAAUUGGUUUUCAUAUGUAUGUUAAACAUGGAUCUAGCAAAUAUUUGUCGCCUAUGUACCAAAGGAAACACUCGGCUAGUGAGCAUCUUUGGAGAUGGGCGACUAUGCGAUACGCACGUUGUCCUGGACCAGAUUCGGGAUAUUUUACGGAUUGAGUUCUACGAGAACGAUGGUCUACCACAGAAAAUAUGCGAAUCCUGCACAACCACAAUGCAGAAAAUCCAAGAUAGGUUGGAUGAGUUCCGGGAAAACGACGCGAUAAUGCGCAAACAGUUGCUCGAAUACGGUAACAUUGACGUGAAGGUAGAACUGAAUGAUACUGCAGACGCUUCAGUGGGGUAUAGCGUUAAAGAAGUAAAAAUUGAGGUUCUAGAUCCGGAUUAUAAGCCCAGCCGAUCUGGUUACGUUUUAGAAUCGGAGGAAUGGCUAGAAGAGAAUUAUGAGAAUUAUGAAUCAGAAUCCGAGGAAGAAACUGAAGAUAUUCAUGGUACAAAUUGGAAACGCAAACGAACAAAGGGCAGCAUCAAAGUGGAGCGACUCGAUGUGAUUGAAUGUAAUGAGCUGGAGGAAACAUCAGCGAGAAAUUGGAUAAACGGUCAAGUACAAACAGAUGCAGAAAAGAGAGUACGCAAACGCAGAAAGGAUAUUUGGAAGGAUCCAAAUCGUCCGCGAUUGAAUGAUUUCAAAUGUUACAUUUGCAGAAGCGAGCCGUUGGGCUCUGCUAAAGAUCUGCUCGAUCAUCUCAGUACUCACAUCGACCAGCUUCCGUUCACGUGUAAACUUUGUGAGCAAGAAAAAACAGAAAUCAAGCAAAUUCGCUCACUAAAUAUGCACCUGAAAAUGCAUGAACAACCGAUCAAAUGUCAGUACUGUGAUAGGCGAUACGCGAACGAGCGAUCUCGGGAUUAUCACGUGCAAUCAUUCCACCUGGGAGACAACGCCCCUUGUCCGACACCCUGUGACGUAUGCGGGAAGGUAUGUCCUUCGUUGCUAUCAUUCCGAGCUCACAUGAAGCGUCACACCGUUUCGUUCAAUUGCGAAUACUGCGCAAAAGGCUUCGCGGAAAAAUCCAAACUCAAACGGCACAUUAGUCGGGUGCACGAGAGAACCCACGAUUUUGAAUGUAAGAUAUGUCACAAACGAAUGAAUACGAUCGAUUCCUACGAGCUGCACGUUCGAACGAUCCACGAAGGACGGCGGGAUUAUGAGUGCGAUAUUUGUGGCCGCCGCUUCACGACUGCGGCAUUUUUGCGGAUGCACCACAAACACUACGAGGGGGGAACUUGCAAGCCGAAGAACAAUUGGCUGCCGUACUAUUCGACAAGAAUUUCUGAUGAAGGCAUUAAACUAUACACAUGCAAGAUAUGUGGCAAAGGCGAUAUGCGCUCGAUUACGGAACAUUUGCGCAUACACUUCCCAGAGGAUUACGAAUGUCCGAUUUGUUUCGGAAAGUUUGGCCGUAAGUCAUCUUUCGAUAAGCACCGACUCACCCACAAGGAAAUCACUCAUAAUUGUGAUAACUGUGAGAAAAUUUUUCUCAGUCCGAGGAAACUGGCAAGGCAUAUGGCCAAAGCUCACGGCGAUGAACAGCAGCAGCAGAGCUUUUCCGAAAUGCCGGUCAUGUCCGAUGAAGAUGAGAUGGUGUUUGAUGUAACUAUUUAGUUUGUUGGCUUAUCAGAGAACUGUAAAUAACAA